CUCUCUUUGAUUUUUGUUUGAUGGUUGCAAAGAGGUGAAAAAGUUUCAACUUCAAUUCACCCCCCUUCUUGGAGUAUAUUGAGUCAACAAUUGGUAUCAAAGCAAGGGCUCUAAUUUGAAGGUUUUACCACCUAGGAGUUGAUCAAGGAUGGCUCAAAUUCAAGCUUUUCAACCACUUGAAGGUUUGUCUACCACUAGGCCUCCUUUCUUUGAUGGGACUAAUUAUAAUUAUUGGAAGAAUAGGAUGAAGGUCUUCAUGCUUGCAAAUGUGCCCAAGGCAUGGAUUGUGACUAUGAAAGGUCCAUAUGUACCUAUGAAAGUUGUUGGAGAAAGAGAGGUGCCAAAGGAAGAAGUUGAAUGGAAUGAUGAAGACUUGGGGAAGAUCAUGAUCAACAACAAAGCAAUCAACAUGCUUCAAUGUGCUCUUAAUCCAACGGAAUUCCGUAGAGUAUUCGGAUGUGAUACGGCCAAGGAGAUGUGGGAUAUGUUGGAGAUGAAAUCGGAGGAGAGCAUUCAAGAUAUGUAUACAAGAUUGAAUGAUAUAGUCACCAAUCUCAAGGCUCUUGGUAAAGUUUAUCCUCCUCAAGAAGUGGUGAGGAAGGUUCUUAGAAGCUUGUCUAAGAAUUGGGAAGCUAAGAAGACCACAAUUGAAGAGUCUAAGGAUCUCAACACCCUCAAGCUUGAAGAUCUCAUUGGAAAAUUGAUGACAUAUGAGAUAGAAGUUCAAGUUGAUGGUAGAGUUGAAGUAGUUGAAAAGAAGAAGAAUGAUGUUGCAUUCAAGGCUAGCAACCAAAAGGAAAAGAGUGAAGAUGAUGCUAGUGAUGGUGAAAACAUCUCCACCUUGAUCUCUAGAGAAAUGGGGCACUAUAGAAAUGAAUGCCCCAAAUUGAAGAAGAGUGAGAAGCAAGGCAAGAAGAGCAUGAAGAAGAAAGCUUUUACUGCCACUUGGAGUGAUGAUGAGACUAGCUCAACGGAAAGUGAAAACUCCUUGGAGAAAGGUGUUGCAAAUGUUUGCUUCAUGGCUCAAGAGGAUAGGAACCAUGAUGAGGAGGUAAACUCUAACUUCUCUAGUUCAAUUAAUGAAAAUUCAUUUGAGUAUUCUUAUGAUGGUUUAUGCAAAGUUCUUGAUUGCUCUAUGAAUGACAUUAAGAAACUAGGAAAUGAGAAUAUUGCUCUUACUAAAACCAUUUCAUUGCUUAGGAAUGAAAUUAAAUCUCUCUCAAAACAAAAUGAGGUUUCAGUUAAAGAGAAUGCCUCUUUAAAUGGUGAGAUUGCUUCUUUAAAGAAUGAGGAGUCUAAUAAUGCUUUGAAAAGGGAAAAUGAGGAUUUAAAGAAGGAAAAUGAGGGACACUUUGCUUAUGUAUGUCCUUUGAAGAGAUUGAUAGCUCAAGGGGUAGAAGCAGAAGGAAACGAAUUGGGAGUUCUAGUGCUAAAGGACAGGCUCAAGAGGAAGGGUUCUAAGUCUGUUGUGCUUACUAGUGAUCUUCCUUGGUUUGAUUAUCUUCUAAAGCAGAAAAGGUUAAACCUUGGUAGAUUUAUUUACCACAACAUUAUCAAGACUUACUCCUCAGAUAUGGGUCUUCCGCAUGGUGCAUUGAUCACUAGGCUAGUAAAAAGGAACAACAUUGAUCUUGAAUCUUUUAAGCAUGGGAAAAUUAAAGUUGGGACUACUCUCACUCAAGCUUCCUUUGAGAAUAUGCAAUAUGAGUUUCAGAAUGGUAGUUGGAGGAAGAAAGGGGAUCAAGCAAUGGAACAACAAGGUGAUGAAGAAGAAGGUGAUGCAGAUCAAGAAAUGGUAGAACAGGGGGAAGAAGAACAUGGAGGUGACAGUCCAAGACCCUUUCAAGCCUCCAUGCAAAGAACUAACUAUGAAACUAUAGAGCUUAUGAUAAAUGAGAUGUGGCAAUUGCACACUGACUUCUUUGGUUUCUAGAUGGAAAUGAGAGGGAGGCUAGAUUCCAUGGAUGGAAAGCUUGAUAAGCUUGUUAACCAUUCUUUUCCUCCACCCCCACCUAGUGCCACCUAACUUGAUAUUUCUUUAGUUUGGCUAAUCUUUAAGAUAGACAUCUUAGGCUUAUGCAUUUUAAGGUUGUGACUAUGUUGUUUCUUUGACUAUGGAUAUUUCUUGAACCGUUUUAUCAUGUUUUGUGAAUGGUAAUGGCAUCACUUGUGUUAUCAUGCUUUGUGAAUGGUUGUUUAUGAUUUUGAUGAUUGUAUGCUCUUAUUAAGGGGGAGCAUUUUGUGUUGAAAUUGCUCUUCUUAAUGGUUAUCAUGCUUAAAUGCUUUAAAGAUUGAUGGGCAUGAAUUUAGGGGGAGUUUGUUGAUUAUGUGCUUUUUGAUGAAUGACAAAAAGGGGGAGAUAUUAUGCUGAAUUUAAUGUCAUUUUCUAGAGUAUCUUUGUGCUGAGAUUCUGGUUAAUAUUGAAGUAUAUAUGUGCUUUCAUUAAUUCAUUCUCAAAGUGUUUUGUCAUCAUCAAAAAGGGGGACAUUGUUGUACCUAUGAUUUUGAUGAUUAUAAAAUACAUUUGAGUGA